AUAGUAGCGUUUGUCUAUAUUAGUUAAAUUCAACUCUACCUUUCCCAGAAAAGAUUUGCAGAAAAAGAAAGAUGAAAAUUUCUGUAGGUAACCCUGGUAUUGUAGUGUUAGCUCUGAUGAUGAUGAUGCUGAUUUCGAAUGGUGAAACACAGGGGACACGAGAAAUAGGGGUAGGGGUGAUUCUUGAUAUGGAUUCCCAUGUCGGGAAGAGCAUCCGAAUCAGUAUUUUGAUGGCCAUUAAAGAUUUUUACAGAGACACGAACCACUCCACCACCAUCAUUGCCCCUCACUUUCGGGAUUCCAAACACGAUAACGUGGAAGCCUCCUCAGCUGUCAUAGACCUUCUGAAAAACACUCAAGUUAUGGCAAUUAUUGGACCCCAAAAAUCGUCGCAGGCAGCUUUUGUAAUUGAUAUUGCCCAAAGAUCGAAGGUUCCCAUGAUAUCUCCGGCAACAAACCCUGAUCUUUCCCCAAUCCGAAACCCCUACUUCAUCCGCAUAGCACAAGCUUCGUCAACUCAAGCCCAACCCAUUGCAGCUCUAGUCAAAUCCUUUGGCUGGAGGGAAGUCGUGUUUGUUUACGAAGAUACUGAUUUUGGAAGAGGGCCUAUUCCCUAUUUAUUGGAUGCCAUGGUAAACAUUAGCACUCAGGUUAAGUACCGAAGCCUUUUGUCUCCAUCCUUCUCAGAUGAUAAGAUUCUGCAAGAGCUUUACAAAUUAAAGACCAUGCAGACUAGGGUUUUUGUGGUACACAUGUUACCGGAUCUCGCUUCACGUUUCUUCAAGAAAGCAGACGAAGCUGGAAUGAUGGCUCAAGGAUAUGCAUGGAUCAUCACUGAUGUGCUCACUGAUCUCUUGAAUCAAUUGGAUCCAGAGGCUAUUGAUUCUAUGCAAGGUGUACUAGGUGUAAAGCCUUAUAUACCACCUUCCAAUCAGCUAACCAAGUUCGAGAAGAGAUGGAAGAGGAGGUUCCAUAAAGAAUACCCUGAUGACAUUGAUAGAAUUGAGCUUGAUAUGUUUGGAAUAUGGUCUUAUGACUAUGUUGUUGGACUUGCUAUUGCAUUAAAGAGUAUCGAUCAAAUCAAAUUAAGUACCACUUUCAAGAGACCAAGGAAGAGCUCGACAGACUUGGCUGCCAUUGGAACCUCAGAAAUGGGUCCCACGUUCCUUCCAUUGAUCCGAGAUAUACGGCUUAAAGGGAUGAUAAGUGGGGAUUUCCAGGUGGUUAAUGGACAAUUACAAACAUCGGCAUACCAAAUAGUGAAUGUGAUUGGGAAGGGAGAGAAACCAAUUGGAUUUUGGAGUUCAAGAAAUGGAAUAUCAAAUCGAAUAAUCAACAAUGGAAGUUCAGAUUACACGACUAACAAAGAUAACUUAGGAGCCAUCAUAUGGCCUGGAGAUACUUCAGAAUUCCCUAAAGGUUGGGAGAUCGCAACUGGGGGAGACAAGAUUUUAAGAGUGGGAAUUCCAACAAAAGGUGGGUUUAUUGAGUUUGUUCAAACCAGCAUAGAUCCUAAGACCAAAGAGGUUAACGCCAGUGGGUUUUGCGUAGACAUCUUCAAAGCAGUCAUAGAUGCAUUGCCAUUUGAUGUACGCUACAAGUUCAUUCCUUAUGAAAAUCCAAAUGGAGAGCCAAUCGGAGAUUACAAUGAUCUUGUUUAUCAGAUCUUUCUUGAGAAAUUUGAUAUGGUGGUUGGAGAUUUGACCAUCUUGUGGAACAGAUCAAACUAUGUUGAGUUCACUUUGCCAUACUCCGAGUCUGGAGUUUCAAUGCUUGUUCCGAAUAAGGUUGAUGAUAGUAAGAACAUGUGGAUCUUCAUGAGACCUCUAGAAAUGGAGUUGUGGAUAACAAUUGGAGGAUUCUUCAUCUACAUUGGAUUUGUUGUUUGGGUUCUAGAGCAUCGUGUAAACAAAGAGUUUCGUGGCCCUCCUCAUCAACAAGUCGGAAUGAUCUUCUGGUUUUCCUUCUCCACCCUUGUCUUUGCACAUAAGGAGAAAAUGAUGAGCAACUUAUCUAAAUUCGUGGUGAUAGUAUGGAUAUUUGUGGUUCUGGUGCUAACCUCCAGCUACACAGCAAGCUUGGCGUCCAUGUUAACUGUACAAAAGCUCCGACCAACUCUUACUAGUAUAUAUGAGCUCAAAGCAAGAGGAGAUUAUGUCGGAUACCAAGAUGGUUCUUUCGUAGUUGAUAUGUUAAAGAAGAUGGGUUUCCAUGAUGACAAGUUGAAGAAGUAUACCAACAUCCAAGAGUAUGCGAAUGCCCUUUUAAAUGGGACUACAAAGAAUGGAGUUUCUGCCAUCGUUGAUGAGGUUCCUUAUCUCAAGAUGUUGCAGGCUAAGAACUGUAACAAGUAUGUCAUGGUGGGCCCAACCUACAAGACUGCAGGCUUUGGCUUUGCAUUUCCAAAAGGAUCGCCGCUAGUAAAUGAGUUCUCAAGAGCGAUCUUGAAAGUGCGAGAGGAGCAAAUGAGAGAUAUUUCGGACAACUGGAUCAGAGAUGAAGCGGAUUGCCCUGGAAAAAAUGUGGAUGUUGAACCCUUUGAGAAGCUGACACUAGAAAGCUUUAAAGGUCUAUUUAUUGUUGCUGGUUUGUCCUCGACUUGUGCUCUAGUCAUCUUCUUUUUUAUGUUCUUAUACGAAAACAAGGAGAUACUUGUCUCAGAUGAUUCAACACGCCAUAAGUGGACCACAAUCAUACAAAACUUUGAUAAGAAGAAAGGUCUAAUAACCUCUGAAACAAAAACAGUCGAUGAUAGCAAUGAGUAUAUAGAAGAUAAUAUGAUUAACUAUCCACCGAUGAGUCCAGCAAUAAGUGAUUACCAUCAAAGUGAAGGAGUCUUUUCACCUGCGAGUUCAACCUAUCAAUGAGCCGCUGUAUCUAAGCUAAUCACGAUGGGAUUUAGAUUAGUGUAUUACAUUUUAUAAAUGUAUUUAAUUAUUUAUAUUAUAGCCCAUGUAUCUCCGGCCAUCUUAAGUGUAUAUCUCGGCCCUUCUAUUUUGAUUUGUAUACACCUUUUUUUUUAAGGGUAAGAUUUUCACCAUGGCUAGUUAGAAGCUAGACCGAGAGAAAAACAAAUUACAAAGCCCAAUUGUUCCGGUUUAUGCUGCCCAACCCCUUUUCCUCUACAUCUAAACCAAAGGAAAGAACCAAAUUUAACAUCUACUACUAGGUGUUUAGUGCAUUAGUCUUGCUGCUUAUUCGAUAAUGAUCUUGUAUUGAUUAGUAUGUAUUUGUUUAUGUCUUUAUCUCUCCAUGAGUAUGUUGUAUUCUUAAUUAUAAAUAUACAAGAUCACACACUAUUAACGUGUGCUUGAUUCAA